AUGUAGGCCGUUAAAGGAAGCUUAAUUUAUAAGAGCACCAAUUAUUUUAUCAAGAAGAUCUAAAAUUGUCGUUACCCUCGUUCUAGACGGACGCUUAGAUCUCUGUUAAACAAACAAAAUGUGUUUCAAAAGAGUGUAAAAGUUAUUUUGUUCUUAAUUAAAGCCACGAUGGCGUCAGGAUUUGCUACCUUGAAAAGAGGCAGCAUCCAAAUUCACAGAGCUGCCAAAGUUGUCAACGAUCAAAUAGGCUCCCGACAAAUGCUAGCCGUAUUUGUGAUAACUGGGUACGUUCUGUGCGGAGUCGUUGAACAAAGUGCUUCUGUAGCUCUAAGGGCAAACAGUACUUCCACUUAUUCAGAGGCCGAAUUUGCGGAAUAUGUGGAAAACACUAGUUACAUCACAAGGUACUGCCAACCUCCGUCUAACAAGUCGACGGUGCAUGUCGUCAGGUCCAUUCCACAUAUAGAGAUUCCAAUGACCCGAACGGACGAGACCGAGGCCGUUCUUCGCCAAGCUUUCAUGUGGGGUAGUUUAGUUUCCCCUUUAGCGGCUAGCAGGGUAGCAGCACGGGUAGGAGCCGAGCGUCUUUUUGGAGCCGGAGUUCUUGGGACUGGAGUAGUCGCGAUUAUGGUUCCUGCAGCUUGGCUCACACCAGGCCAUGUCGCUAUUAGAAUAAUCCAAGGGAUUUUUGUGGGGGCUACUUUUCCCGCCGCUCACAUGCUAGCAGUAACUUGGAUUAAGACAAAACACGUUAGUGCUUUCAUUUCAUUGUAUACAGCUGUAAAUUUAGGGUACGCUGUUGUUGGAAUUUUGGGAACGUUAUUAGUUAGAAGUCUUGGCAGAGACUGGCUCAGUUAUGUUAUUGCUUUGUCGUCUUUUCUUUGGUACUUUUUGUGGUGGAGGUUUGUCGAAGAGUCGCUACAUCCAAAUCGACCAAAGCGUGAUGAACAUAGAAAUUUACCUUGGAGAAGAUUACUAACCUCUAAACCUGCAUGGGCUUGCGGAAUUGCGGUAGUUGGAAGCCAAUGGGCAGACGCCACUCUCAUGCUAGGGGUCACCAAGUACCUUAAGUUAGUGUACGGGUUCUCCAUAGAAUACCAAGACAUUCUCCAGUCGUUACCACACAUUGGGCACUUUCUUGCAGCCAUUGCUUUUGGUAUAAUAGUGGACCACGUGAGAGAAUCGGGUGUGGUUUCCACAACAACAGCAAGAAAACUAUUUGUGUACAUUUCUCACUUUCCUCCUGCGGCUUUAAUGUUCGUGUUAGGGUACACAGGGUGCGAUCCUGCUGCUCCUGCAGCUUUAUAUACCGCCGCGUUAGCACUAACAGCAGCAACACCAGCAGGAGUGUUUGCUAGUGCUGCAGACAUAGCACCGAAUUUUGCAGGGACUGUUUUCGGGCUUUGUCAGACGGUUGGUGCAGCUGGACUUCUCGCAGCCAAUUACGUCGUGUCAGAAGGUCUACACGGCUCAUUUGCAGGUUGGUGGAGACUAGUGUUUGGCGUUUCGUCUGCGGUACUUUUAACAACGGCGGCCUUUUUUAUGGCGAUGGGAAGUGGGUCAGUUCAAGACUGGAACUUGCCCGGUGAUAUUGAACCAGAGUUGGAACCUAUCGAGGAACCAUCUAGACUAGACUCUGUUCUUGAGUAAGACACAAGAAAAAUGAGAUCGUGCGACAAGUGCUUUUUACAUCAUUAUCAUAUUACGACAUGUAAAUUAGAAAAUGAAACUCUUUGAAUAUUCA